ACUUGUUUCCAAUCGGACACGUUUGACAGAAGGACUUCACUUAACAGGAAAACGUAUACGCUUUCAAACAUUUUAUAUUUUAAGAAGAAAUGACCCUACAUGUUUUAACAUUACAACUCCUAAAUCUAAAACCCAUAGCAAAAUUAAAAGUACAAUUAUUACAUUUGAAGGUUGAAGAACGAGAAAAGCGAUGCGAGCAAACCGACAUCGCACAUCUAAAAAAACAUCGGAAACGACUUUUUAGAUGAUACACCUUGACUAGCAAACGUGUUUCCGAUCGGACACAUUUGACAGAAGGACAUCAUUUAAACAGGCACACAUGCACGCUUUCAAACAUUCUACAUUUUAAGAAGACGAAAUGAGCCUAAAUGUUUUAAUCCACAUUUCAACUCCGGAACGUUCUUAGACGAGUGAACGUGGAAGAAUUUGUGAUCGUUUGGCGGAAAUCAUCAUGAAGAAGAAACUUGCUCACAGCGUGGAAGAGUCUCUUGGACAGGAGUCCGCCGACUACCAGGUGGGCCAGGUGUCAGGAAGUCUGCUCCAGAAGAACUCUGCCACUUGCGCAACACUUUCAUCCUUGUUCCGCAGCGCCCAGCCCCGUGCCGCGUCGGCCCUCUUCGUACCUGCGCCCCAGCUGCCUCGCCAGGUCAGCCCGGAGGAAGCCGAGGAGGUCCGAGGUCAAGGCCGUCCCCAGCAGAAGAAGCUGCCCAAGAAGAAAUCUGUGGCCGAGCAGAAGCUGGACGACAGGGAGAGCAGCCUGCAGAGCGCUGAUGACGGGGAGCCAGGUGCCAGGAAGAGGAAGCGGCAGGCGGCGGGCGAGGAGGAGGCGGCGGAGCAACACUGGGCGGUGAAGAGGCAGAAGCUGCGAGCUCACAAGCAGGAAGAAGCGGUCAAGGCUGAGAGGAGCGUCUUUGUGGGCAACCUGCCGCUCAGCUGCACCAAGAAGACGCUGCGCGGCCUCUUCAAGCACGACGGCGCCAUCGAGUCCAUACGCUUCCGCUCUGUGGCUCCAGAGGACCCGUCCGUGUCCCGCAAGGUGGCCGCCAUCAAGCGCCAGGCCCACCCGCUGAAGCAGAGCGUCAACGCCUACGUGGUGUUCCAGGACAAAGAUGGCGUCGCCAAGGCCCUGAAGAGAAACGGUGUGGAGUUGGAAAAGGAUAUCUUCAUCCGGGUGGACCGGGUGGGGAGCACCUCGCACGACCACAAACGCUCCGUCUUCGUGGGCAACCUCCCCUUUGACGUGAAAGAGUUGGCCAUGCGGCGCCAUUUUGAAGAGUGCGGCGGCGUGGAGGCGGUGCGUCUGGUGCGGGACAAGAACUCUGGACUGGGCAAAGGAUUCGGUUACGUCCUGUUUGAGAACUCCGACUCGGUCCAGCUGGCGCUGAAGCUGGACGGCUCCCAGCUGGAGGGCCGGCGUGUGCGCGUGCAACGCUCGCUGAAGACGCAGACGCAGAAGGGCGGGGCCAGAAGAAGCUUCCCGGGGAUGAAAGGCGGGCCCAGAAGAAGCUUCCAGGGGAAGAAGAGCGGGCCCAGCCAAAACUUCCGAGGCGAGCAGGCCGAGCCCAAGAAGAAGAAGAAGUCGACCAAGAAGAAAAUGAAGGCAAAAAAGAGCUUUCGCUUGACAGGAAGUGGGCCAGCAAAAUAAAAGCCUCACAGUAGAAAUGGAUACUUUAGACUGUUUUUGUCAUGUCCAAACAUUUUCCGCUGAGAAUUAAAACUUUUUGGUAAGUCUUCAUUUUGAAAAACAA